GUGGUACACUGCGCAGGAUCACAUCUGUAUAGCCAUUGUUUAGGUUAAUUACAUGUAAUCUGAGGACGAUAUCAUGCUGAACGAUAUGGGGGGACGAGCAGGUACCCAAGGAGUUUUUGUUUAUUUACUUUAUUGGUUUCCUUUACUGUAUUUUUCUGAAGCGUUGCCAUGUCUGAAUGGGUGGGUGUCGUAUCAAGAGAAGUGUUACUUCUUCAGCGAACAUACAGAUACCUGGUUUGGAGCCUCCGCCUUUUGUCAAGCUUUUAACAGCAAGCUAGACGAACCCAAAACUCAGGAGGAGGUAGAUUUCCUCUCCCAACAGACUGUAUUACAAGGUAACAAUAGCGCCUACAAUAUCGGGGUCACUGACCUAUUUCUAGAGGGAGACUGGAUGUACGCCCACUCCCGCACCCCCGUGGAGGUGGCUCUACCCUGGACCAAUGGGGGCCCGGACAACUACAAGGAGGAGGACUGCGUGGAGAUUGCCGCCUUUCCCCCGUACAGCGGACAGUACGCAGACAAAUCAUGCCCCCUACCGUCCAAGUUCAUCUGUGAAUACAGCAGAGUAGAACAACAACAGACGCUUGUGAUUGGAUGAAGGACUAAUUAAGUGACGGUCUGAAUGAAAAUUAAAUGUUUAAAAAUAAAAUAUAAUGACUAAC